AUGACUUCUUUUGUUGAUGACACGCCCACGGAUGCGCGGAGCGUGGAUAGCGAGAGGACCUGGAUCUUAAAGCCGCUUCUGCGCCAUGCUCAGCGCUCGCAUAGCAAGAUGCCUGGCAUUCGCAAAAUUCCUCUUCGAGCGAUCGGUAUCAUCUUGUUUGUUGCAUUUUUGAAUGUCCUUGUAUGGAUUGCUGCCGCAAUUGUAUUGCGUUAUCACCCAACGUUGGUGUCUACUGCUGUGCUCGCUUAUACUCUCGGCUUGAGACAUGCAUUCGAUGCUGAUCACAUCUCUGCCAUCGAUUUAAUGACUCGACGACUACUCGCUACUGGGCAGAGGCCAGUCACGGUGGGAACAUUCUUCUCACUAGGCCACUCGACUGUCGUCAUCAUCACCUCAAUUGUCGUCGCAGCAACUGCAGCAGCCAUUUCCUCACGAUUUGACAGCUUCAGCACCAUCGGCGGAAUCAUUGGCAGCUCUGUCAGUGCCACAUUUUUGAUCCUACUGGGUAUCAUGAAUGCCUACAUUCUCUACAAGCUGAUCAAGCAAAUGCAAAAGGUGUUCAACUUGGCCGAGGAUCAAGCCGAUGAAGCCUGGAAGAUUGAAGGCGGCGGGAUUCUCUUCUCCGUUCUGAAGAAGAUGUUUAAACUUAUUGACCGACCAUGGAAGAUGUAUCCACUCGGAAUCCUCUUCGGACUGGGCUUCGACACCUCGUCCGAGGUAGCCCUUCUGGGAAUUUCUUCCGUCGAAGCAGCAAAGGGGACCUCUUUCUGGGUAAUUCUAAUCCUCCCCGCGCUCUUCACAGCGGGCAUGUGUCUCCUAGACACCACCGACGGCGCCCUCAUGUUUUCGCUCUACAUCCAACCCUCCGCCAACUUCCUCCCCCCGAAAAGGGACAGCACAGUCUCCGAUAAUGCAUCUGACACACCAGACGACGAACUGCCCCAAUCACGAGACAACCACCGUGACCCGAUCGCCUUCCUGUACUACUCCAUUGUGCUGACCACAUUGACGGUGAUCGUCGCCAUUGUGAUCGGCGUCAUCCAAUUGCUCACCAUGGUUCUGAGUGUGACCAAUGCUACGGGCAGGUUCUGGGAUGGUGUGCAGACAGCCGGUGACUACUACGAUGUGAUCGGUGGAUCGAUCUGCGGAUGCUUUAUCAUCGUUGGUGGGCUGAGCGUGCUGCUGUAUAAGCCGUGGCGUAGGUGGAUGGCGAGGCGCCAUGGGCAGAGUGUGAUUAAUGACGAGGAGCGUUAUCGGGAUGAUCCUCGGGAAUCUGAUGAUGACACUGGCAUUGUGGUCCACGAGUCUGGGAGCAGUGUCGAGCGUGGGCAGACCGAGGUGGUUGGGAAGGGGGGCUCGCGGGUUGCAGUGAAGGCAACUGAUGAGCCCCGGGUCGAGGAAGAGAUUUUUUAG